ACAAAGAGGAGGAGGGCAUGGGUCACCGCUGCACGCCCUCCCCCAUUUGGAGAAGAUAGACUAAAGGAUUCUGCCCAAGGCCUGAUACUGCCAAAGUUGUGACAUUUUGCUACGGGAAAAGCAAACCUGCCAAUGCAGGAGAAUUCCUUUCCGGCCCUUCAACAGCGCCCUUGAUGUAACAGCACCCACGUUCCUGUGGAGAAAAGGUUAACCUGCAAAAGAAGUCUUAACUGAGGGUGGGUAGGGUGGAAGAAGCUCUGGAGCCAACUGAUGAUUCCCAGGUAAGAUCCUCCCCCUAUUGUGUGGGCAGAUGGUCCCUCCCCCUACCUGGCCUGAUCACCUGGGCAACGCCUCCCCUGGCGGGAUUGGGCAACUGGCUGAGGUAGGCGGAGACCUCCAGGUAUCCCACCUGGAGAAGGCGAAGCCAAGCCUGUGGUAAUGGUGCUGCAUAGGGUCCAGGGGGCUGCGCACGACCACACAAAGGGCGCCCCCCAUUGAAUUUGGGGAGCGGUCAUUGUGAUAUAGCAUUAACUAUACAUCAAGUAUCACUCCAGAUAAGGACAGUUGGAAUUAAUGGGUUGGACCCAUAUCUGCCAUUCUGCAAAGAGAAGGGGUAUUGACAGACUGCACUGAGAUCUAGAAGAGGCUCUUGCUGGAGGUGGAAGGUGAUGCUGGGUGAUUUUGCCAGUUCCUCCUCCUUCUAGCAGUGCUACUUCCCACACUAUUCUGGAGGGUCCCACAACUUUAUACAUCUGUUGUGCUGAUUUGAACAAAUCCAACUCAAUCCUCGACAGAAGUAGAAAAGUGGAUAACUGAUGAUAGCCCAUGAACGGGAUAUAGUCAAGAAAGGUUACACAGAAAUAUCAGGUAUUACUGUAAUUGCAACACAAAUGUUUUGCAAAUUGCACUUUUUGGGUAAUGCAUUUCCUUUUUGUAUGUAAUGUAUACAGGCCACCUUAGAUCAGGUAGGCCUUUCGUCUGGCCCAGCAAGACUUUUCUUAUAUACUUGUCUUGACCAACCCCUGCAGAAGAAUUUGUAGCAAACACAAGUGAAAUACAAAAAUACUGGAUCCUGUUAUCAUAAUAUCACUACAUAUUAAACAGCAGGCUACUAGGGGGCUUACCUGGUUUGAAGCUAUGAUUGUAGAAACAGAAAGCAUAGAAAAAGGUCUCUCCCAAAUACACAAACUGUGAACACUACGGGAUACGGGGCACAGCAGGAAGUUCAAAACACAUGUAGGAAAUGAACUUGGAAAUAAAAAUUGAAGAUGAAUAUUGGUUUAAGAUCUGGGAGAAAUUCCCUUAUAGGUGUUCUUCAGCCGGUGUUAAAGAAAUGAUGCAGAAAAUACUGCAAUAAAACUUUCUUAUAUUCAUAAGAAUUCUGUUGGAGUAGAUGGGUUACAGAGGCAACUACUGCCAAAUGUGGUGGAUGUGCCUGAAAAGUGUAAUCAUUUCGGGACCCAGUGGUUGGUGAAAUACACAAUAUUUUACCCACCAACACAUUACAAGAUCCUGGAAGCUGCCUUAUUGAACUUAUAUAUGAACAAAAAACAGGAUUUGACUGAUUAACCUUUACUUUGAUACUGACUCUUUACAGCACACCUGGUUAUUGCCAUCAUGUUCUUUCUGCUUGUAGGCUUCUCGGAGCAAUCAGGUGACUCCACUGUGGGAAAUAGGAUGUUACUUUAGAUGGAUUUUUGGUCUGUUCUAUCAUGCUCCUAAGAUCCUAUUCAAACCUUCCAAGGAUAUGCAAAACCUGUUAAAACAUUUUGAAUAGCCUGUAUACUAUGUAUAUUUAAAUAUGCAUUGCCUUCCUAACAUGAGAAAUUGAAACUAGAAGAUUGAACCAAUAAAGCAGAGCUUCCCAAACUGCUCCAUGGACCAUCAGUUUCAUUCCAGAGACCUGUAGGGUCUCAGUGGAUUUGUGGUUGACCAUGGGAGAUGGCAUAUCCAUCACACUUAAUAUUCAUUAUAACAUUUAAUUAUAUGUUUAUUGCUUCUGUAUUUUAUUGUAUUACAAUUUGAAUUCUACAGAUUUACAAUUGCUACAAUAAGAGGGCCCUCAGCAAUUUUCAGGUGGAAAUGACUGCAAUGAUUGGCAGUUGCAUGAUAAAAUUGUUUUAUGAAAUAAAAGAAACACACCAUAGCCACUCUUUUAAAGCAAGCCACUUUCCAGAAGCGUGUCACUUCUAUCAAUAAAAAGUUAGAAAUUGGAAUCUUGUACAAAAAAUACCAAAGCCCUUGAAAAAUAAUCUUCCUGAUUCAUAGUAACCUUUUCUUUUUUCUUUUUUGCACCAAGCACAUAGACAAAAAUAUCAUCGGGAAAGACUGAAGUCCCACUGAUGUUAUGACCACCAUGAUAGCUGAAUGUGUGGCUCAUUCAAAUAGCCAUCUGUCCAUAGUCUUGUAACUCUGCAACUCUCCCAUUAUCAUGCUUUAUCUUUGGACUGAGCCUAGCAUUCAUUUACUGAUAGCGUUUUCAAAAUGUGUCCCAUAUCAAAAGCAUGCAGCCUCGGUCUUACACAGAUUGGGCAUAAUUGAGCAAAUGUUAGUCACAACUAAGAGCAGCAGUUUGAUGCAAAUUCUUACUGUGUAAUUGGUGGGGUACACCUCUCUUAGAAGGGGCAUGAUCUGUCCUUGGGGGGAUCUACUGCAAGGCCUGCAGUCCACAUUUUGGAGUCAUAGGUAAGCUGAGAAAUGACAAGUUAGGCUGGCUCUGUCUUGCAGCAGGCACAACGUGGGUGGGGAAAAGAAGGUAAAGACAGCACAUGUUCCCAGUGGUGAGCACUCUGAGGCAUCACCCUGGUGAAGGGACGUUUACCCAAGACAGUUCCGCCAAGCUUCCCAACUUGAAAGAAACAGGUAGAGGAGCCAACCUUGGGCAACUGAAGAUUCACUGAUCCUAAAAUCUGAUGCUUUGGAACUAAUGGUAAAUCAGCAACCUCCUCAGCACCAGCCAUAAAGAUAGCUAAUGCUCUGACCUAGGGUGAGGUCACCUGAUGGAGGUAGAUAUGAGGAUUCCUCAUUUUAGCCUCAGAGGCAAGUACGCCACCCCAUCCUCUUUGGAAAGUGGGAGAUUAGGUUAUUCCAUUAACUGUUUCAUCAGCCACUGUUUUGUGGGAGGAAUUUAAGUGCAUUCUCUAAAUUUAGUUUUGCACAAUUAAAGCAAGUUAUAGUUUCUGUCACCAUAGUACAAAAAAUAAACUUUAAAAAAUAAUCAGACUUUUUGCAGUUUGGAAAGUGAUGGGGAAAUUCAUAGAAAAGUGUGAGGUGAACAAAGGAAGACAUGUAAAAACCUCACAAGCAAAUCAGGAUGAAAUCAGCACAAAUUAUACUUAUCAUAUAACUGCCCCACAAAGAAAUCAAAACAAACACUCAGUAAAGACCAGAUAUAAUCUAUUUUUGUGUGUGUAAGAUUUGUUCAAGCAAAUGAGGAUGAAUGCUCAAUGAACAGGUGAUCUGGAGGAGCCAAUUGUUUAAAGGAAGUUGCAGCUCUUUAUUUAAAUCCAUCCAUGUUUUCAUUCCUAGUUUUGGAAAUGAGGCAUUUACCCCAUUGCUGGCUCUUUCUUCUGGAUCCAAACAAUAAUAUACAGCACAAAAUGGCCAUUGUAACCAUGUGUUUCCUGUAAUGUACUAAGCAGUGACACUCCAUCAAUGUUAGAAAUGCCAGCUCUAGAUUGUUGACAUUUGUCAGUGCUGUGUUCUCCCCUAUGUGUUCUAUCUAUCAAUGAUUCAUUUCAAACUUUAGGUCCUCCUUUCCUGGAAUAGGGUUGGAUUAUCCACCCACGUCUGUGUUCCGUGUUUGCUGGAAUUGUGCAAACGGACUUCUAGCAAACAAACCAAGGAAUUUGUGCAACAGACCCCUGGGUCAGCAAACUCAGAUGUUGCACUGUGACUCUGCAAACAAAAGGGAAACUAAUCAUUAAUUGUGGGGGGAGAUGGAUAGUUUAAAUUCAAGGUUUAAAUUCAACCAAAAAUACCUAAGUGGAACACAUCCCUUUCUGUCAGAUCCACAGCUUUCUGAAGAUGUUGCAGCUGAGAGUCUUCUGUGCCCUGCUGUGCUUCAGCAUCACUUGGGUAUGAGUUCAUUUUAUCUGAUUCUCCUGUUAGCUUACCAGCUAUGUUGCUUUUUGUUCUAUUGGUCACCUUCUUGCUUAGAAAGUAAUAUAUUUCAGCCCAAAUAAACCUCUUACUACCAGAUGAACAGUGAAAUGGAAGUGAAAUCUGGGGGUUUCUCCUUUCAAAUGCUUGAAUUCGGGAGGGACGAUUCUUGGGUGCAUCAUCUGGCUGUAUCUCCAUCUAUACAAUCUGUACUUGUUUCUAUAUGUAUAUAUACAAGAAAAAAAGUAACGCAUAACUGGUUGCAUAUAAAAGUGGCCCCAGAUAAGGGAAUAUGCUUUCUCAACCAGCUCCAGAGAUUGCAUCUCAGUGGGACCCUGAUGAGGGUUUUGAUGUGGAUGCACAUCCAGCUAUGUCUCUGCAUUGUCAUCUGUGUGUGUUAGCCUAUCUCUGUGCAUGCAUCUUCCUUGCUGGACUGGGGCAAAUGAGUGCUUUAUAGGCAUGUGUUCAUAAUAAGAGCCCUUUUGAUAUGCAUUAUCUUUGAAUUCUUCGUAUGAAACCUAGUCAAUGAAAGUUGUAAUUGUAUACAACAAACAAACUUAACUGAGCUCUCAGUUAUAUUACAGAAAAGACCCCAAAAUUAAUUAAAUUACGAUGUGAUAACUCCCCAGACCAAAGCAAACCCAAGGAUAAAUGCAUUACCUUCAUAUGAAAUCUAGCAGCGUUUCAGCAUUUCAUGAAAUUUGUAACUGUAUAAAGCAGAAAUCAUUCUGACAAUCUAUACUGCUGAGUUGCUGUUUUUAAGAUUGAGUCUACAAUUAAGUCACAAUAAAACUGAAUGAAUCACACGAGGGCAUGGCAGCUCUCAAAACUGAAACAAAAUGCUUGAAGCAAAGAUUCUUGUGAUGUAUGAACCUAACCAAACCAAACGUUUCCUAUGGAACAGAUUCAGAUAAGCCUCUCUCUAGCUUCUAUGCUAAGAAGCCAAGUCAACGGAACACCCAUAUAUAGCCUAUUAAAUUAUGAUUGAUCCUAUCCAUUUGCUAUUUUAGCCAGCUGUAUUGAUGAAAGAGGCAUACAAAACUUUGUGUCAAAACACACUGAUUUUAACUGAGGAGGAUUGCAGCCUACAUGAGUGAUAAAUUCCUCUUUAGUUACUAUACCUUUCAUAUACCUCAAUUGUAACAGCAGUUACUUACUAAUAUUUGCUUGGUGAUUUACUUGGCUUAUUACUUUCCAGUUGCUUGGUACUUGACAGCAUAUCAAUUGCAUGAAGUUGUCCUUUGUGCCAGAAACACACUUCCAGCAAAUUCACUCAUGACUCACAGCAGCUUUGCUUGCCAUUAUAUUCCACCUAUAUAGUAACAUUUACUUUUAAAGGCAGAGCUUGAAAAUAAACGACGUUGUUUCUCUGCUGUGAUGCUAGUGAAACAAGUGCAAAAAGUUUCUAAUUACUAGACUUCAUUAUUAGGGGCAUCUGGGUAUAUUUUCAUAGAAUCAUAGAAGCAUAGAGUUGGAAGAGACCACAAGGGCCAUCGAGUCCAACCCCCUGCCAAGCAGGAAACACCAUCAGAGCACUCCUGACAUAUGGUUGUCAAGCCUCUGCUUAAUAGAUUUUGGGUUGUUUUGGUAACUCAGUGAAUCAUUAUUAAAGAGACAGUGUGGUGUAGUGGUUAGAAUGUCAGACUAGGACCUGCUUAAUAAUGUCAGACUAGGACCUGCUUAAUAAGACUCUGCUUAAUAUUUUGGGUUGUUUUGGUAACUCAGUGAAUCAUUAUUAAAGAGACAGUGUGGUGUAGUGGUUAGAAUGUCAGACUAGGACCUGGGAAACCAGGGUUCAAAUUCCCAUUCCGCCAUGAAGGGUGACCUUGGGCCAGUCGCCAAUUCUCAGCCUAACCUAUCUCAGGGUUGUUGUGAUGAUAAUAUGGAGAGGGUGAGAACCAUGUAUGCCACUUUGGGAAGGAAAGAGAAAGAGAUACAUAACAAUAAAUUAGAUUAAAUAAGUUAUAAUAUUGUUUUGAUGCUUUCCCCCUCCUUCUAUGACAGGCAGCAGAAGGUGAUGCCUCCUUUACAGAGCUCGGAGGAGGAGUACGUGGCCCAAGAAUAGUGGAGCAUAAAGCCCAGUCUGACUGCAAAUCUGAAAAGAAUUGGCCAGUGUGCUCUGAUGACGAAUGGGUAAGAGUGAACAAGCCUGAAGCACAUUCAUCACACUUUUUGCUGUGUACCACGGUCUCCAUACAAAAUCACAGUCAUGGCACAAUAGACCCUAAUAACAUAGAUAUACAAUGAUACCACAACACGCCUGCAAUUCAGAAAUUGCUACAAAGGGUUUCUUCAAAUUUCUAGAUUAACUGAAAAUCAAGGAUGAAAAACUAUGUAUUGUUUAGUAAUUAAAAAGCUUUCAUUGAUUAUUAAUAAAGUCAAUUCAGACUACACAUAUAACCCACUGAAUUCAGUCAGACAUCACAGCAGGAGCAAACAUGUACAGAGUCUAGCUGUUGAGCACCCUGUGUGCUAGAUUUUGGGCACACACAUCUUAGAAAAAACACACAGCACUGCGUUUCCUAAAAAUAUAUUCACAUGUGACAAAGUUGCUAUAAAUACAGAACAAUGUUAUUAUUGCUAGGAAGUCAAAUUAAACCAGCUUCUUCAGGUAGCAUUCCUGCAUAAGCAAUGUGGCAUGACAAGCAAACAUGGUUGAAACUGGGCAUGUGAUUAUAAUUAAAUCUCAUGUGAUAAUUAAAUUACAUGUGAUUAUAAUUAAAUCUCUAUUAGCAGUAAUAAUAAAAUAAUGAACCUUGAGGACCAAAUAAGUGACAUGGCAGAUGUUUCAUCUGUAAUUUUAUUUUAUUUGCUAUUUCCUCAUUUCAGGGCACUAAAUGUCCUUCAGGAUGCCGGAUGCAGGGACUGAUAGACGAAACAGACCAGGAUUUUGCUGACAGGAUAAACAAAAUUAAGAAACUGCUUGCGGAUAAUCAAAACAGCUACAAGACAUCAAACAUUAUUAAACAGGAAAUCAAUGGCUAUCUGGAUAGAAAUUUGGCCAGUGAGCAACGUGAGUAUCAUCCACACAAGUGUAUUGUCAUCUGACUUCUCUAACAGUCGCCAAAUACAAUUGCUUGUUGCAUCCUUAUUAUAUAAGACCAAGUGGACUCAAGUAGCAGUCACAGAAUCAUAGAAGGGAUCUCGAGGGUCAUUUACUCCAGCCCCCUGCAGUGCAAGAAUCUCAACUAGCUCAUACAUGACAGACUAGAAUUGUAGGUGUUAGAAUUACACAUAAGGAAGACCCAUCAAGAGCAACAAAAACUUUCACAACACACUUGCUUUGUAUGAUUCCACUGUCAAAAUAAUCUCCUUUCACAAGCUACCUCCAUGCAUAAUCAUACAAAGAAGGGAGCAGGAUCACACCAGCUGGCUGCACCCCUGGGCCCCUGCACUCAGGGCCAAAGUUCUGUAGAAGGGCACCCACUUCUAGGUGCAUGUGCCUAGUGGGUCUAUAUCAUGAGAAAGGCUGAACGCAUAGGAUUCUUGAACACACGGUGUCAGCCUGCAUAUCCAGUGUAACAUCAGUUACAGCAAGGCCUUUAACAACUGUCUGAGACAAUUGGGAGAGAAGCACCCUUAGCCAAAGCCUAAUCAGCAGCCUCCCAAUUUACAAUUAUCACAUCAUCUUCAUUAAUUACUUUGCUUUUAACCAGGCAUGGCUAUCUGUUUUGGCGUCAAGGACCACAUGGACCCAUGGCCAAUCCUCCAAGUUGAAACAUUAUGGCAAAUGUGGGCUUCGUCCAGAUCUCCCUUCCAAAAGCAGACCAUGUGAUAUACUUUCAAAUAAUGUUCUAAAAUAAUUCUGAGGAUUUAUCCUGCCCCAGAUCAGAGACCCUGUUUCAACAGUGAAAGCUUCAUUCUUCAAGGAUGAAUAUUCACUUAUUGUCUUAGUAUCUACAGUGUAACGACAACCAAAAAUGCUUCAUUCCUCAACAGACCAUUGGUCCACCUAGUUCAGUGUUGUUGAAGCUGAACUAACUAGAGAUGUCACAGGUUGAACUUAACUGGAGAUGUCAGGGUUGAACUGGGGCCUUUUGCAUGUAAAGGAUGUGCCCUCCCAGUAAGUUAGGCCCCCGAUAUUCUUCCUGAAUAUUUAUGGCCUAGAUAUGAGGAGAAUUCAUUAUUACUUUCUUCCAACAUUUCUUUAACAAAUUAAAAUCUAACAUGAAUGGAAUACACAGAAAGGGGGAAAUAAAAAAAGCUAGGAUUCAAAUGGCUACAAAAGAGAGUGCCAGCUCAUGCAGUGAGGUUUUUCAGCACCUCUCUCUAAGAGGUGAAUUUUGUGGGUUCCAGUGCAGAACUAAAGGUUGGAAGAUUAAGUAAUAGGGAUGCAUAAUUCAGGCAUACAUGGGUGCAUGCGUCAUUGAGCCUGGCAAAAAAGUUGACAGUACCCAAGUGCUUUUAUCUACAAAUGGCACCCACAUGGCACCUUGAUCUAUGCUGGGAUCAUGACUGGGGUGGGUGUGUCUUCAGGAGUGUUUUUCAAUGGGAAAGCAGCGUGAGGAGGGAAGGUCAACCCUCCCUCUCAGAUACUGCUGUCCCGAUCUGAAGAAAAAGACAGUAUCAUCAAGGGUCAUUAAGGUUUGGCCCUACAGGAGCCACUUGCUAAUUUCCUCCUACCUAGUAUCCUUAUACAGUAUAAUGUGUUGUUAUUAUCAUUGUAAUUCAAUCUGUGCCUUGAAAUAGCUAUUGUGGGGAAAGACUAAGCUAUUGCGGCUUCUUUUGCUUCAGAGAUUGAUGAUAACUAUGGCCAAAUAUCUGACGAUCUGAGAAGGAGACUUGUGACGCUGAAGCAGAGAGUCGCUGACCAAGUUAGCCGGAUUAAAGUGCUGCAGAACACCAUCCGGAACCAAGUUGUAGAGAUGAAGCGUUUAGAGGUAGGCUGCAACCAUUUUUUUCAAUAAAAUAAAAUAAAUUCUUGUCUGGGCUGAAUUCCACCCACUCGCCCUUUCUCAAGGGCAUCCAUCUUCUGUGAAAGUACAGUACAAGAGGCAUUCUUCUCAACCUCUGGUGGAAUUGGACAAAUUCUAACUAUUUUCUGUUGAGCAAUGCCUUACUGCUAUAGGUGAGGGUUUGGCUUCUUUGUUUUACAACAAAACCUUUUGGGGCCACUGCAAGCAGUGAUGAAACUGCCAUCAGCAAUAGCCCAGUGGCAUUCCUCCUUUACAAACAAAAUAGCCCAAUAAAUACUUAAGGAUACAACAGCUUCGGCAGACUUAGGAAUCAAAGCAAGCACAUUUAUACUGAGAUUGUGGUUUUGUAUUUUAUACAUUGCAUUUUGUCUUAUAGGUUGGUUGACCAGAAUACUGUAAACACUUGCCAGACUGACACACUUCUCUUUUUCUCCCAUUUGUAUUUUCACCUUUCCAUCUCUGCCUAGGUGGACAUUGAUAUUAAGGUGCGUUCCUGCAAAGGGUCCUGCUCUCGAGCUGUCAACUACAAUGUGGACACCGAUAGCUAUGACAAGAUACAGAAGCUGCUUUUACAGGCCAGCUCCAUCAACUUGCAGCCGGCAUAUCAAGCUGCUCCCUUGAGGGUACUGAAAAUGAGACCCCUGAAGGAUUCCACUGUCCCUAGCCAUUUUAAAACUGCUCCUCUGUCGGAACAAGAAGCAGGCAUCAUUAAUCGUAUCAAACUGGUUGAAGUCGUAUUGGAAGAUUCAGAGGCUGCUGGACAACCACAUACUAGCAAGUUAGUCACUCCUGGUAUUGGAGGGGAUACCUCUGGCAGAGGCGAUACCUCUAGUAGUUUGAAAAUAGUCGGUCCUUCUGAGUCUCGUCUCUCCCGUACAUGCGUCAAAACCAUCACUAGAAAAGUGAUCAGAGGUCCUGAAGGUCCCAGAGAAGAGGUUGUUGAAGAGUAUAAAACAUCUGAUGGUUUGGACUGUUUCCAUUCUAAAGAUUUAACCAGAGAAGCAGGAGGCACAACCCACACGAGAGUGACCACUGGGACCGGUGGAAGUGGCUCCUCUGACUUUUCUACCCUACCUCUGAAUGCAAAAGAGUUUUUCACCUCAGGUUCUGGUGGCAGAAUCCAUAGCACAGGGACUGGCAGCCACACAUCGACCUUUGAAGGACGCGACGUUUUCUCUGACCUUGGGGAGGGAGAAACCGACGACUUCUCCAUCUUUGACCAGCCCUCCCCCGACUUCCAUUCUCAUACAAGUGGCAGCACAUCCCAUUCCAGGACGGUUGUAUCCAGCAGCAGCAGCAGCAGCAGCAGCAGCAGCAGCCGCAGUUCUAGCGGCUUCAACAAAGGGGGCUCCACUUUCGAAACCAAGUCAAUAAAAAUCCCAUCAGUUGAGCUGCAACAUGACGAGAGUGGAGAAGACAGACCUGAUUUUCAUGCACGCAGCUUGAGUGCAGGAGGAGUGAAGCAGGGAGAAAGCUACACCGGGACAGGUACCCACCCACUGCAUGGAAAAUAAUUAUUGAGGGAGCAGCAGUGAAGUGUGCAACCAAACUGACACACAGGUUAAGCGAGUGCAAUCCAUGCCAUUGUUUAAAUAAUAAGAGCAAUGUGUCUGUUGGUUGCCAUUUUGGAAAGGUGGGGGACAUGGUUUCUUGCCAUGAGUAAUUGGAGAACAAGGCAGUUGUGUACCUAAUGUCAUGGGUAAUGAAAAUGUGCAUGUAAGCAAUCAGUUUGGGGUGGGGGGGAGAGUACAAGGAUUCGUUCCACUGCAGCCCCAAAUUAAGUGUAGCCAGUUGACUUGAGCAUGAUUACUGUUUGGAUUCCUGUGACCUUGUAAUAAAGCUUAACCGAAAACUUCUGUCAACCAGAUCAACUUUGUUUUUUUAGACUGUGAGGAUAUCCACCAGAAACACACUUCUGGUGCCCAAAGUGGCAUUUUCAGAAUCAAGCCAGCAGGAACCACUAAGGUUUUUUCAGUUUAUUGCGACCAAGAGACCACUUUGGGAGGAUGGCUUCUGAUCCAACAGAGAUUGGAUGGGGCGCUGAAUUUUAACCGGACCUGGGAAGACUACAAGAAUGGUUUUGGCAGCGUGGAUGGGAAAGGAGAGUUCUGGUUGGGCAAUGAAAAUCUCCAUCUCCUGACCCAGAGGGACACUGUCCUUCGAGUCGAAGUAGAGGACUGGGAGGGCAAUAAAGGUUAUGCAGAAUAUAACAUACACAUAAGCUCUGAAGAAGAAGGCUAUAGGCUCAGUGUCUCUGAUUAUGAGGGGACAGCAGGCGAUGCUCUUAUCAGGGGUUCAGAGGAAGAUGGGGUUGAAUACACCACACACAGUAACAUGAAAUUUAGUACUUUUGAUAGAGACAACGACCAAUGGGAGGAGAACUGUGCUGAGAUAUAUGGAGGUGGCUGGUGGUACAAUAAUUGCCAAGCUGCUAAUCUCAAUGGAAUUUACUACUCAGGAGGUCAGUAUGACCCAAGGAACAACGCUCCCUAUGAGAUUGAAAAUGGGGUGGUCUGGGUGCCUUUCAAGCCCUCUGAUUACUCUCUCAAAGUUGUUAGAUUGAAAAUUCGGCCUAUAGAGACACUCUAGAUAUCAAAGCAGCAAGAACAAGAACUUCCAAAAUUAUAUAUACCUCAUCAUUAUGUAGUGUAUGUCUGAUUGUGUGUGCGUUUUUUUUAUUAUCCAAAACAACUGAAUGCAACUGCCUAUAAAAUAAAUGGGUUCACUCAAAAAUACAUUUCUGGUGUGUUUAAGUUAUUUACAAACAACAGCACAAAUAAAUAUUAUAAAAUGUCUGUUGGGGAUGUCUUCCUCAGUUAAGCCAUUUGUAUCUUUAAAGUUCCAUAACAAAUGUAGUAUUAAACAACGCACAUUACACACUGAGAUCAAAUUCAAAACCAUUCCUUUGAAAAACCAGUACUGGCUGAGCAAAGAAAAAUAAUCUACAGUAUUUAAGUCAUAAAUGGAGAACCAUUUUUCAGCCUGAGGAUUUCAUUCCCUCAUUGCCAACUUUCCAAGGU